CGACACAUGCUGCGGAUGUACUCCAUUGGCGCAAGAUGCAGCGACAUGCCCUGCACAGAUGGCGAACCAACACGCGGGCCGCCACCGUUGCCGGAAGGUAGACGCCCCGACAUCGGCAGCAACCACAGCUCAGAUAUUCCUGUCAUUGUGUUGCAACUGCGUGUGUGUGUGCAGCGAGGCGAGGCGCGCAGAGUGUGCGGCGCUGAGUGAUGAGUUGCAUUCGCUGCGGCGAGCCCAUCUGGAGCUGCAGGUCCGUCCGCUGGUCACGGAAACGGCAUGCAUGGUUGUGUCUGUCGAUGUCUCCUUGUCUGUGUCUGUGUGUGUCAGGAUCGCAUGGCUCGUACCUCUACGAGCACAGCGGCCAUCUCGUGCAAAAGCUGUCGAGGCCUCUGGCGGCUGUAGAUAGACCUGGGGCGGACAGAUAAGGUGGCGGGCGGAAUGGUGGCUGAGCGAGGGCGGUGGCUGGUGACGGUGGGGUGAGGUGAGAGGGCGAUGGGAUGGGCUGCGUCGCUUUGCAGCACUCAUGCAGGCCAGGCGCCAAUUUGUUUUCCUGGACGCAUUGACGCAUACGUAUGUGUGACUUCUUACUUAUGGAUGGUGAUUUCUCGCCGUGUUGGUUGCAAUGGGUUCGAUCAAAUUGCAUCUCCAAGGACCAUGGAUGUGGCACACUGGCAGGGGAGGGAGGGGAGGGCGGUGGUAGGGGACGGAGGGAGAGUGUGGUUGGUAAAGGACGAGACGUGUAGAGAGAGUGUGGUGUUAGCACUUGUCAGCACUCGAUAGUGCAGUAGCUCGGGGUAGCGAGUAGGAACGCGACGAUGCCGGAAGAAGCACAUUCAGUG